AUAUAGGUAUUCCGACUAGAUCUAGAUUCUCAUUCGGAGCGUUAACGUUCAACCCUACACAUGUUAAGUUUGAUUUGGUUGAUAAAAUAGUAAAUAAUAAAUAUAAAUAGAAAUUGUACGAGCACUAAAAAUGAACGCAUCUAAGGAUAAACGCAAAUUGGUAUUUGCCGGCUGUUGCACUCUCAGCGAUGACGAGCUGGCUGAGCUCUAUAAUUUGGAUUUGCUCACUGAUGAGGAAUUGGCAUCGGUGUCCUUGGAGCGUAAGUCCCUAAUUGAUGACUAUCGUCACCUGCAUGAAUUGUCCAUGCUGCGGCAACAGGAGGAGGAACGGGAAAAGGAGCGGGAACUUGAACGUCAGCGUGAAAAAGCCGAAUUGGAACGCCGUCGUAAAAUAGCUGAGGAUGCCAAAAAGGUAACGAAGAUCGCAAAGGCAGUAAAGUUAUCAAGCAAGGCGGUUGCCGAAAAGAGCGAUAAGCAGCUGCCAGGUGGCCGUAAAUACGGAUUUCAAUUACUGAAUCAACUAAUCAAAAAGGAUUUCGAGAUGACUCAAUUUAGCAUCUAUAUGGAGAAGGAGUUUGAAAUCUUCACGGAUUAUCAUACCGAUCCGUCAAUGCCGCUAUUGUCGGCUCAGGAGCGUGAAAAACGCCGCUUUUGGGCUCACUGUGAUUAUCUGGAGAAUCUUUAUUGCAGUGGCAGCUGCAGUCGUGCCAUGAAUAUCGUUGUGGUUGCUCUGAUUCGUUUCAGUAAGAGCUCGUUGCCGACAAAGGCGUCGGCCUCCAAGACACGUAGUCGCAUACCACGUCCGACUACUUUUUCACAUGUACGCUUCCGCUAAACUCAAAGACCCCAAUCCCAACCCCAACCCCAAUACUCCUUCCAAAUCGGCCUCAAAAAUCACUGACCCACUAGUUAUGGAUACAAUAGUUUCAUUUUCUUGCUUUAUUUUGUUUUUAAAAACUGAAAUUCGUUUGUGUUACUCCGGAUUUAAAGAGCACGAGAAGAACGGAGCAUAAACGAUUUCCAAAUUCCAUUGAAAUAACGAACAAACUUUGGAAACAAUCGCCUCAAAUGGUUAAAAUGUUUUACAAAACAAACACAAUUCAAAUCGUGUGACUACAAUGUUUAUUCUAAAUUAAAAUUGUUAAAUGUCUUAUGUCGA